GUUUUGUUUAAAACAGUGAAUGUCGCUUCGUACAAAAGAGCAGACCUCACCCAAACAAGUUGCCUGGAAAGUUGCAUAUUACAUAUAAUUUGGGCUGAAUUCAUAAUGUUUUUAGCAAACAAUAAGAGUAUUAUGUGCGGGUUCAUUAGUCCAGAUUUGCUGUGCUUUGGGUAACGUGUAGCAUAUACACCCUGGGGCUUGUUUUAAUCCUUAUUUUGUUGUUGCACCACACCCUUGUGCAACCAGUUUAAUUCCACCUUGGCUUCACACAAUACUUGUUUAGACCAAUACUUGGAGAAAAACGAACAUUCUUUCCAGAUAUAUGAAUGAUACAAUCUGCAAUUAAGAGAUUCUUGGAGACCUUCCUGUUGGAUUCAACCCCCUCCUUUCCUGAGAGGAUGUCCUGUCAGUGUGAUGGUGGAUAAACCAAGCGCGGGAGAGGGAGAGGGAAGAGCUUAUUUUGCCCCACAGCCCAAUGUAUGGCUAGAUACCACUCAACGUUCCAGUUAAGCAAAGCCUCCGGUGAUAUUUCUCCAGGACUGCUUCUACCGAGGGGUCAACCCUAAGAGCCUCAUCUUUGGUAAUAGCAUAGCAAGACCAUGACGUACGAUCUACACAACUCGUCGUAUGACUUCUACAAUGGCACUCCCUGGUUUGUCUAUGAAUGCACCAUCCAGCUAGACGAGGAUGGCCGACGGAUCGUUCUUUUCCUCCUUUUCCUAGUGCUCUUCAUGGUAGGGUUGGCUGAAAACACUCUGGUGGUGUGGGUGAACUGGCGAAGGCGGCAUUCGGCGAGUGGCGUGCUGUUCUGCAUCAUCAACAUGAGCUUGUCCGACUUGAUGGUGAUCUUCACCAUGCCCUUCUUCAUGCUGGAGGUGACCAUGGACCAGGUUUGGCUGUGGGGUCGCUUCCUUUGCAAGGUCACGUACCUAGUAUACGUCAUAAACUUCUACAGUAGCUCAUUCUUCCUGGCCUUCAUGACCUUGGAGCGAUACCUGUCCCUGACACGGCCCAACAAGCCCGCCUGCUUCCCAGUGCAGCACAAACGCCGCUGGAUUCUCUGCGCCGGGAUCUGGCUGCUGUCGCUCUUUCUGGCCUUGCUAGAAAACGUCCACAUUGACUUGUUGGAGUGGGACGAACCAGGCUGCUACAUGGUUCCCGAGCAGAACUUCACGGAGUGGUUCGUAUCGGUUUCCUUCCUCUGUCUGAUAUUCCAGUUCCUGGGUCCGGCGUCCAUCAUCAUCACUUGCAAUGUCCUGAUCGCUCGAGCCGUCCGCACGACCCCAGAUGUCCAGAAUCGUCGGGAUGUGUGGCUGGUGCAUGUGUACUCACUGGUGUUUGUGGCCUGCUGGCUACCGUAUCAUUUGGUGUUUUUCUUGUUGACACUGGACGACCUGGACCCACACCUGUUUUCCUGCAACACAGUCGGGGUGCUGUACUUCUCAUUAAACGUUGUGCAAUGCUUGUCGCUCUUUCACUGCAUCGCCAACCCAAUCCUCUACAACUUCCUCAGUAAGAGCUUCCGCAACAGUCUAAUAAACACAGUGAUCAGUCGAAUCUCUUUACCGCCAACCAGUGUGCCAAGUAACACUGUAAAUGACAAGGCAGGGACAACGGCGAUAAAAGAGCGGAAGCUCAGUAACGUCAGCACGAGUCAGUCCGACAUUGGCGAGUGAAGAGGGAAAGUCCUAAAGGACGAUUUGGUGAAACACAGCAUGUGAAUGAACUACAGAAGAAGUGGCCUUGUUGAGGCAGUUGUUUUUGGACACUUGACUGGUCACUAGCCAUAUUCUUUUCUCACCUCAAUAUUUGUAACAAUGCAAGGAAGGAAAUAUUGUAAACCUUUUUUCCACCAGUUCCUAUUGUCACAUUUAGGAAAUCCUAGAUAAGUCAUUAAAGCGUCUGUCCACAUGCCAGCGUUUGUACAAAGACUGUUUUGAUUGUUCUGCUUGACAAUAACUUUCACUUGGCUCUCAAUAUGCUCAGUCACAACACCUAGAGCUAUUUUAAUGGCUUUUAAGGUCACGGCUUCCUUGCACAUACUGCCAUGGAUGUGAUUUUAUGAAAAAAUUAAAUAAAUGUUGUUUCAAUGAAGACUUUUAAACAUGUUUUUGCAAAAGGCGCAGAAUUGCGUAUGCCAUUUCUUUUCAGAAUGUGCCGCUCCAAUGUCUAAAAAAAUAUUUUCCAUUGUAGAAAUUUGUUGAAUAUAAAUACACAGUUUUUUACAUUUAUAAGUGGUGGGGUUGUGUUCAAAUGAUGUGUUCACUGUUAAAAAGACUCCAACAAGAUUUGUAAGUACUGUUUUUAUUCAGAACACAAGUACAGCUGUAGUAAAAGAGAACAGAUCUCUGAUAGUGACACUGAACAUGAAUAAAUCAUAUAAAUAA